UGGGUGCCACAAAUAGUGCAUGAGGGCAUGUACCGGUACAUGUAGGCUGUAUGGUUUUUGUGCCAUCUCAUUAAUAUUAUGCAUACACUUGUGUAUAGAUUUAGUCACUGCAGGGAAGACAUGACUAGAAACAAAAGAUGCCAUGAAGCCACACAUGAUACUAGAAAAUGGUACAUUCAACUUUUUAACCCAGGCCCCUAAAAAAGUACAUGUGGGACAGUGCAGGUGAUCUUUUGAAAAGGAAAUAUGGUACCAGGCUCAGACUGGCAUUUAACUUGUUCACAAGUGGUCAAGUUAGCCUGGACUAGUUUUGAAAAGCUACAACUUACAUGUAUAUUCAGUAAAAUAUAAGCCAUUGGAAUGUUGGUAUUAAGUUAUUCCAUUUGUAUGGGGGAAUGUGCACCCCUCACUGCAUUCAGCAGUUAUCCUUGUCAAGUGCGCUAUGGCUAACAGGUCCUCCUCCCCCCAUUAAUCAUUCAUGCACAUCCUUUUUAUGACAGGAACCAGCUUCUGUAUGAUCUGCAUACCUGACCUUUUGUGCGGUAGUGGUUAGGAUCGAUCUGCCCUGAUCAAUGCCUUUCCCCCCCUGCAAUCACUCAGUUCCUUCUGCAGGGUGGCAGCUCUGAACUGUUGGCCCAAUCCCCCCUGUCUGGGGCUAAACAAUGCCCUAUGUUGGCACGCAACAAAUCAAUGUGGGGCUUUUGUGGAGAGAAGGUAUUGUGGGUGACAGGGGCAUGACCAGUGGUUGGCACUGGAUAAAGUCACUUCAAGGGCCAUACAUGUACAGUGUAUGUGUACAUGUACACUGUGUCAAAGGGAAGAGAUUACAAAAUCAACAAUACAUGUAUCCCCACCAGUCUCCCCCAACGUUCUACACCUUACAUACAUGUACAUGCAUGGUACAUGUACUUAAGCAUUUCACCCCCACCCCAUCCUACGCCUGAGCACAUAGACAUGCACCGGUAACUACUCCUAAAAUGUGAGCCAAAUGCAAACACAUGAAUACAGUUCAUCUUGAUGUCGUGUUGGCAAAUGGAAGGAACAGAUUUGACGUAAAGAUCUUCAGGAGCAUUGGUGCAUAAUCUCAUGAGAAUUGAUCAGCUCAUUCUUCUGUUGUCAUUGUAUGAGUUGUCCUGAGGUGUCGGUAUGCGGGCCUCGGCAAGUAGCCGAUAUACUGAUCCCACCCGGUGUUGACCUGUCGCUGAGUGAGCUCCAGGACAUGGCCGAGCGGCAGCAACACCAAAUUGAGGCCCAGCAACAGACGCUGGUUGCGAAGCAGCAGCGUCUCAAAUUCCUGAAGCAACAAGAGCAAAAACAGCAGCAAAUGGCCGCUGAAGAUGAGCGCCUACGCAGACUCCGAGACAAAGUGGACUCCCAGGAGCAGAAAUUACGGAAACUGCGAACUCUGCGAGGCCAGGCUGAUGCCACCAAAAAUAACAAUCACACCCUUUCCACCGAGCUGGAGUCGGUGCGUACCCUGUUUGCCCAGAAGGAGAAGGAGUUGGCCCUGGCGGUGGCCAAGGUGGAAGAGCUGACACAGCAGCUGGAGCAGCUGAAGCAGGGCAACCUGAAUGGGAUCAACGGCGAUGUCUACAGGUCGCCAGCCAACGAGGAGCUGGACCGACUGCGUAAGGAACUCUUGCUUCGUAACAGACUGAAUGAGGAGCAGAGCGCAACACUGCAGAAGCAGCGACAAACCAUGGUCCAGCGGAAGGAGGAGAUGGCCGUGGUUGACAAACGCAUAGAGGAACUGACAGAACGACUGCGCAAGACCCGAAUCCUGGGCAAGCCCCAGCUUCCUCCUCCAGGCGCCAACGUCAACAACAAUGCCUCAGUGCCAGUUCGGUUGCCCAAUGGCAACGUACAGCUCGACAGACCAUUUAAUGGGAGCCAACCCAGAGAAACGGGUAACAGGAUGAACUCCAGGAACGACCCGCGAGGGAUGACGGGUGACCCUGGUAGGAGGUCACCCCUGACCAACGGCGACCUCUCGGGACCCCCUCCCCCUGGUGGCAGUGCCCAAGGUAGACCAGGGCCUACCAGCCGUCCAAUGCCCCCGAAGCCCGCCACACUGUUCCCUCCGCAGAGCUUCAAGCCCAGGACAAACCAGAGCGGCACCUCAGGCGUCCCCCGGCAGGGCUCGCCCAUGUCUGCUAGCAGGCCACACCAAGCCCCGGCCUCGUGGCACUCCACAUCUUUGGACAACGUCCAGCAGUCACGCAGCAAGCCCGAAGGCGUCAAUGAAAGUGGGAGUGACACCUCCUCGUUGACCGAGAACUCCAGCGUUGACAGCAUGCCCACCAGUGGCCUGUCCAACCAGCAACAGGGGCCGAGUAGACGGCCUGAUAAUCGCAGCUCUCCCAUACCUCAGAACCAGCGAUCUGGAAGUCCCUUGUCCUCACAACCUCUCCCCGUGCCCAAGGCAGACCCAAGGUUGUCAUCCUUGUCCGAGCGGCGGGCUGGGGACAGGUCACCCAUGUACGAUCUUGCGAGCCUAGAAGCUGCUCUAUCUCCCCCACCUCAAGAACUGUUGAAUGACCGGGGGCCACCUCAGCAAGGUGACUGGAGACCGCCAGGCUUUGGUCCUGGACAAGCCUCAGGCAGCCCGUCCCGCCAGGCAAACCAGCCCUCCGGAAAUGUUAACCGCACAGAGACUGACUCGAGGACCAGGAGUGUAAGCACGGACUCUGUCAGCUCCCAGAGCAGUAACAGACAUCCACCUUCACCACAAGGCAAGAAGAAACCCCCUCCCCCACCUAGAGCUGUCACAACUGGACUGUCGAGUGCCAGACCCAAUCAGCUAACUCCAAGUUCCCCGUCAAGAGUUGGUCCCGCAGCACCAAAUGGUCAGAGGUACCCCUCUGUUUCCAGUCAACCGUCAUCUGCGCCAUUCAGGAACGAAGGACCCCAGUAUGGUCCCACUCCUGCACCUUCUACUCACCCUGGUAGUCCCAAACUGUCUGGCGGGAGGAGCUCCGGUUCCUCCUCCCCUGUGACUGGUCAGCAUAAUGGCUCACCUGUCCCUGUGGCCAGGCCGCAACCUGGGUCACCAAGGUCCGACCACACUGCAGUUACCAAUCCUCCUGCCUCAGUCAAUUCCGACAUUCCUCCACCUCGACCUGAGCUUCCUCAGCCGUACUCCACUGCUGCCCCUGAUCCAACUAGACCUCGCCACCAGAGGUCCCCAGCCACGGUGGGCAUGUUUGUCCCACCCCCGCCGGCCCAGAUGCGCAAUUACAACCGCCCCAGCUAUGAGAAGGGCCUCACAUCGACUGAUAGUGGGAAGAAGAACCUGGCAGUCCGGAGUCUCUUCCCAGACGUCCAGCCCAAUCCACCUGGUAGGAUCUUACCAGGAAAUGCUCCAUCAGCUGGUGGCCUCCAAGGUCCUCAGCCAUCGCGUGAGGAAGAUGAUAUCCCCCUCAGUCCAAACCGCCCGCCAAGCCCGCUCAACCUUCCCAUGAGCCAUCUCUACCACCACCCUGAUUUCCAGAGGUUGCGGAAUAUGCCUCGCCCUCUCAAGAAGCGGCUGUCCUAUUCAGAGGACAAGGAGAGCCUGAAUUUCCUCAAGAUUGGAGGCUUGGAGCCCACAGUGAGCGAGACCAAUCAGGAGCCGGACCUGCCCAAGCCGGAGCCCCAGCCCAACAACACCAGCAAGAAGGACGAAGAUGAGAACUUCAGGAACAAUGCCAUCUUGAGCCAGAAGCAGUACACUGCUGCCCUGUCCCAGCUCUCCAGGUCCCCCGUCAUCAGCAACCGGACUUCAACUGGGAAGGGAGAGGUCAAGGGCAUCUUGAAAAAGGAAGGUGCCUUGAAGAAGACCAUCAGGGUACGAUUUGACCCCUUGGCCUUACUGCUAGAUGCCUCCCUGGAAGGAGAAUUUGAUCUUGUCCGUAGGAUUAUGCCAGAGGUGCCCAACCCUAGCGGCGCCAACGAUGAGGGUAUCACAGCCCUCCACAAUGCCAUCUGCGCUAAUCACUAUGAGAUUGUCAACUUCCUCAUCAUGAAUGGUGUUGAUGUGAAUGCCCCAGACAGUGACGGGUGGACUCCUCUCCACUGCGCGGCUUCUUGCAACAACGUGAUCAUGGUGCGCAAUCUUGUGGAGCACGGCGCCUGCAUUUUUGCCACCACCAUAAGUGACAAGGAAACGGCAGCUGACAAGUGCGAAGAGGAGGAAGAUGGCUUCAAGAUGUGCUCUCAGUAUCUCUUCGGUGUCCAGGAGAAGAUGGGCUUUCUGAAUGGUGGCCGCAUCUUUGCCGUUUACUCUUACACUGCGGAGAAGCCUGAUGAGCUCAGCUUCAAGGACGGCGAAGAGCUAACGGUGAUCCGACGGGGCGACGAGGAAGAGACAGAGUGGUGGUGGGCUAAGAAAGGGGAGCAGAUGGGCUACGUACCCAGGAACCUUUUUGGGUUGUUCCCCCGUGUCAGGCCACUGUUCUGAAGUCCCCUCUGCCCAUCAGCUUGUCUCAAGUAGUGUGAAUGCUUGAGCAGAACAUCUGGACCUUGUGCACCUGGACCAUAGCUUCUUACAAACCCAUGAGAUCCAGACAACAUCAUCAGUCUUCAUUGAGUAUCAACCUGUGACUGGGGAAAUUGUGCGUGAUGUGGGAUGCAGAAUCUGUCAAUAACUAUACCCUGAGUGGAUUCGUGCACAUCCCGUUGAGAGUUAGCCACCUCCAAAGUACUUGGCUGCCAGGGCUAAAUGCAUGCGUCUAUGGGAACCGCUGGAUACUGGCUGCAACCACUUCCCAUAGGUGUGUGUGUUGUUGCUAGCCACAGCCAAGUCAUUUUGGAAGCAGCCGUUCUCUCCUGAGCAGGGCAUGCUGGACUUAAAGUGCAGCAUGUUUGUGGGAGGUAGCAUAGCAUGAUUUGACUACUUCUGGAUGAAGGGCUGACACCGACAGUCACAAUCCCUGAACACUAAUGGACCACUGAUUGUAAACCUUUUCCCUGAACUUUUUUUUUCAUUUGAAAUCAUGCAUGUUACCUUAAGUCAAGGUUUAUAUCGCUGUAUUGCUUAAAGAAUAUUUGACCAAACAAUGAAGGUUUCCAUACAGGAGCAUGUAUGAAAGCAUGCGAUUGUGAUAAAGGAAAAACAAAUUACUGGGUAGUACAACAAGACCUAGGAAUGAGAAAUUGAGGAAAUUUUACGUUCUUGUCAAGAUGGAAUGUUGACCCCAUUAAGUUCGGAGACAGAGGCAAGAUCUUUCAUGAUAUGUGUCAAUAAUACAUCUGAUCUUAGAACACUCAAUUUUUUUCACUCAGACAUCUAUCCCGUCAAAAUUUCCAUCACUUCCGUAAACUGUUUGUUUUAUCACCUGAAAGACAGACUUUUGUUUGGUUGGGAAUUUUGGAAGGUAAGAAGUGGACAAAUUACAUGUAUACUUAAGUUCAUAUCAUGAGUAUGGAUUUUAUCUGUAAAUAAUUCUGUAAUAGUGCUGUUGUACAGUUAUUAAAAUCCUCCUGUUUGUAGAUUGUGUACAGGACAGUGCUGUGAUGAAAUUCAGAGAAAGCUAUUUCAGGGCUGUGUUAAGACAGUAAGGUAUUCUGAAUACACAUGGGCAUGGGAAAUAGGAUGUUUUACCUGAGACAGUUUUGGAAACUGCUUCUUCUGUGUUUCCGAAACUGUCUCAGGUUAAAGAUCUCUGUGUUUCCAAAAGAAAAGAGUGACAAUAUAACUUACUUUCUGCAUCAAAAGUCUUCUUAAACAUUGUGCAGUCUAAACUUAGCUCUUGGGUUUAAUUGAUACCAUCUGCUGUAUUCCGUGCACACUGCAGAUUGUUGUUCUAAGAAGAGUUUUUUCAACUUUUGGUUUUUUUUUUAAAAGUGUGCCCAAACUUUGGCAGAGUUGAAGUUCUCAUGCUUGGAGGAAUGCCACGGUGGUGUUCACGUUUGCUUUGGUACUGGGUGUGAAUGAGCCUGUGUAAAACACAGCCUGGUUGAGUCACAGUUUCUGUCCAACCUGUUGGAGGAACUUUUCACUAGCUCACAGACGUAAUACUGAUAGACUUCAUCAGGCCAGUUUAGUACAUCUCCAGAGUUCAAUAUUCAUCAGCAGUAGCUGUUAUGUACAUGCUUUUUUUCGUGCGGUGAACUAAUGUAAUUAGAUUAUCAGGGCCCACUUCUGUCUGAUACUGCUUUUACCAAGCUUAACGCAAGUACUUUGAUACUGAUUAUUGACAUGUCAGAAAAAAGAAAAGUGAUAAAGCUGCUUCGAAGCGCUCACCGUCUAGAGUGAUCUGUAGUAUGAGGUUUGAAAGAUUCAAUACCGAUUAGGGUCGAGCCAUCAAUCCCUCUUUCAAUUAACCAUUGCGAGACUGCAGGACGCAUGGCUUGCUCUUCAAAAAGGAGGGGAACAUUUCAUGUCUGUGUGUACACCUGAGCAUUAAGUUGUCUUUUUGAGCAUUCACCGAUUCAAAGCCGUGGAAUACUGUCAGGACGAUGGCUUUUGUUGCGCUGAAGUUGUUGAAAGUAGCAUUGUGGAUUUGGGCCAAGAAUCUAUUUUGCAGUUGUUGCAGAAAUAAAAUAACCGGAAGUAAAAUGACAAAACAUUUGUACAGUCCUGAAGUAUUGCGGUAAUGAAGAAUUGCCAUUAUUUAGUGGACAUUAGGUACUGUAUAUUACGAGUAAAAAAUUUAACACUUGCGUUGUGAUUGGCGACAGAAAUCUAAAUUAUAUUUUUCAUGAGAAACCUUAUUAAUGCAUUAGUUAUUACUUCUCUAAGAGUGUAUUCAGUUUAACUUGACCAAUGCUUUAAACAUGUACUAUACUUGAAAGUUGUUAAGUGCUAAUAAGUACUGUAAUUUCAUUUGGGUUUAAUUUACGGUGAUUAACUUGGCUUGAUAAAAGUACUUCAAGGGGCAUAUUAGCCAAACUGUGUACACGUUUAUCAUAAAGAAGUUCAGUAACGUUGCGCGUUCUUUUGGGGGUUUCAAAUCUAAUCUCUUUUUCACAGGAAGUGGUCAUGACAAACCUUCGUCAGCACAGCAGAACUAAGACUAAAGACAAGAGGCUCUGCUUAGACCUAAAUGAUAUAAUGAUAAGUACUUUUCCAAUCUGCAGCUAUGCCUAUGCAAUGUGAAAUUGCCUAUACAUUUUUGAGGAGUGCAGAGAAUACUGAAUGGUGGUGUCAUUUGGACCAGGAAAGGUUGUGCAAAUGAUUGAAGUACGUGUGUGUUGGUUCAUGUGCUGGUUUGCUCGUCACUUCCUUUAACACAUUUGGGCAUGACUUAUUCACUUUGGUACUCUAUAAAUUACAGCUUGAGGAGGUCCAUGUUCUGUCAUUGAAUUCUGUUACGAUGGAAAUCCAUGCUAUUUUAGAUAAGGCUGCUCAGCAAAAUGGUCCUGGAUAGGAACUGAUUUACUAAGCCAAAAUUAGUUGUAAAUAACUGUCAACUCCGAACCCCUGUGAAAUUCUGCCUCAUUUACCCAAUCAGAAAUGAUUGGACUCUUUUACAAAGUAGAGAAUUGUUUUUUUUUAUAAUGGUUUGGGACUCAGAAAUGUUGCAAGGUGAAUUAUCACAAACAAAUUAAUAAUCACAAUAGUUGAAUUCGCCAAUCUAUGCAACUCCAUGAAACAGCAUUCCUAGGUUUUUUCCUCAUUGUAAAUAUUACCAAUGUAAUUAUGUAAAUACAUGGUAGAAUCUUGGUACUCUGUGCUUGGAUGUUUUUGUUCUGUACUUAGAGCAUUUUGAUUUAACCAAAAUUUUAUUUAUAUUUAUAAAUGUAGACUUUUAAGUAUAUCUUGAAUUAGCUUCGUGUUAUCUUAAAUUUCACCCUUGUCAUUAACUUUUGUUUAUAUGUGUAUUUGGAUAGUGGAUUUAUUUAUCAGAAAGUUUAGGCUGUAGUGUCUUUGUUAAUGUAAGAAAAUCUUGGAAGUGGACAUCAACAUUUUUAUGUCACAACAUGUAGAUAAGUCUUAUCUCGAUGUAUUCCUUUGAAUAAAAAGCUUGUUCUUGAAAACUUCAAUAAUUGACUACACUGCA